AUGAUGAGUCUGCAACCACCAACAUCAGUCAAAGGGGUUCGCAGUUUUCUGGGUCAUGCUGGUUUUUACAAACGCUUCAUCAAAGACUUCUCAAAGAUUGCUAGACCUCUGACGCAGCUGCUGUGCAAGGAUGUGAAAUUCGAGUUCGAUGAUGCAUGUUUGGAGGCAUUUCACACGAUAAAAGGAGUUUUGUGGGAGCAGUGCUGGGACAGAGGAAAGAAAAGAGGCUCCAUGUCAUCUAUUAUGCCAGCCAAACACUCGACGAAGCUCAGUGCAGAUAUGCCACAAUUGAAAAAGGAGCUUCUUGCAGUGGUCUAUGCCUUUGAGAAUUUCAGGUCUUACCUUGUUGGGUCGAAGGUUGUUGUUCACACAGACCAUGCAGUGCUAAAAUACCUGUUGACAAAGAAGGAUGUCAAGCCAAGGCUCCUUAGAUGGAUCCUUUUGCUGCAGGAGUUUGAUUUGGAGAUCAAAGACAAAAAGAGGAUUGAUAAUGGUGUUGCAGACCACUUGUCGAGGCUGAAGAUUGAUGAAGACAUUCCACUAGAUGACAGCCUCCCUGAUGAACAGGUUUACGCCAUUGAUAUUUCUGGGUUCGACGAGCACCUCCUCCAGCUUAGAGCACCUGCUCUGACGAGUUUUUGCAACUCAGUUGACGUAGAUCGACAUCCCAAUUUUCCUUGGAGAUGUGUAGCUGAUGAGGAGAUACCUGGGGUCUUGUUUCAUUGCCAUGGUUCACCUUAUGCUGGUCACUUUGCCACUUUUAAAACAGUGUCAAAGAUUCUUCAGGCUGGAGGCAAGGGAACAAUAUCAGGAGAAAUGAGAUGCCUUAGAACUUCAUCCUGGGGUAUCGAGUUCAUGGGGCCAUUUCUAUCAUCUUAUGGCACUGAGUAUAUUUUGGUGGCAGUUGACUAUGUGUCAAAGUGGGUCGAAGCUCUGGCUAGCCCUACAAAUGACGCAAAUGUGGUUCUGAAGAUGUUCAAAUCUGUCAUAUUCCCAAGGACAGCUUACAAGACACCAUUGGGGACUACACCAUUUCACUUGGUGUAUAGAAAAACUUGUCAUCUCCCAAUGAAACUCGAGUAUAAAGCUGCUUGGGCGAUGAAGUUGCUGAAUUUCGAUGCUAGAAGUGCUCAUGAGAGGAGACUGAGAUCAAGGUGGUCUGGACCUUUCAUCAUCAAAGAGGUUCGACCAUAUGGUGUUGUAGUGUUGUUGGACACUAAAGGAGGCGAGUUCGUUGUCAAUGGACAGAGGUUGAAGCCAUAUCUUGCUGGUCCAAAUGUCGCAGAAGGUGAAUUACUCACCUUAAGCGAUCCUCCUCAAGCUUAA